AUGGAGCACCAUAAAAAACCCGCCUUAAAACUUGAACCGCCAACUGUGGCUCCUCAAGUCCCUAUUUUCCCGCAAUCCCCUCCGAAAAACCCGUUCAUAUCGCCAUUCGCCUCGGCUUCACCCACUAUCCCUGGUCGCGGUGAAGUUGUCCUCUCCCUGCUGUCCCCGUCCAUCCCAACCAUCUCAACCCUCUCCUAUAAAUACCCCUUAAAGCUCCUGACAAGGACUCCUGCAACGACGCUCAAUUCUAAAUACCCGGAGUCUGCAACCACCCCCGUCCACCUGUAUUUGCUCACAUACGGCGGAGGGUUGCUUCCCGGUGAUCAUAUCGAAGUCUCAAUUACCCAGAAGCCACGGACAAGGCUGGUAGUGACGACUCCGCAGGGAAGCACGAAGAUAUACAGGACGGAAGGACGCAAGGAAUCACACGGAGCCAGGGACGCUAAGGAACAGAGCCGCAGCUGCGAUCAAACCCCCUCCGCCUGCAAGAGUAGGCAAAUACUAGACGUGAAGCUAGGAAGCCAUUCAGCUCUCUGCUAUCUCCCGGAACCAUCACAGCCGUUCGCAAAUAGCCAAUACGAGCAGACGCAGUAUUUUACUCUUCUCCAGGACAGACUGAUGGAUGAAACUGCCAACCAAACAGAUAAGAACAACCUCAACCAAUCCCCAAGCCUCUGCGUGCUCGACUGGGUCAGCCAAGGCCGCGCAGCGAGGGGAGAAGACUGGUCUUUCCACUCCUGGAAGGGGAGGAACGAAAUAUGGUCCCAAGAUCCAGCGAGUGGAGCACGCAAACUCCUCCUCCGCGACACGGUCAUAUUGGAAGACGAGACGAGGCAUUACACUGAGGAAUCCAGCUGUUUAGAUUCCUCCACCACAACAAUGUCAUCUCCAAAUCCUCACUCUCCUCCGAUCAGCCUCUCGAUACCGGCACGCACACAUCCACAUGGCAUCUUGGGCACUUUGAUACUCCACGGACCCCUCUUCAGCUCCCUCUCCUCCUUCAUAAUGACAGAGUUUACCUCCCAGCCACGUCUCGGCGGGCGGAAUUGGUCUUCAUCCGCAGCAACCUCCACGCCUGCUUCUGCCAAUAGUACGAGGGACUCCUCCGUCCUGUGGACAGCCGCCCGCAUAAGGUCGAAUUUCGUGCUUGUGAAAUUUGGUGCAAGAGACUUUGAGAGCGCAAAGGAGUGGUUGGGGGGAUUGAUGAGGAGGGAAGGGAGCUUGGUGGAUGAGUUUGGGACGGAGGCUUUGGGAUGUUUGUAG